UCUUAAUGUGUCGGAUAACUUCUAGAAUGCCAUUGAAAAUCAUUUUCCCCUAUUUGCUAUUGGUGCUAUGGACCGGUACAUCUAUGGCCGCAUUCGAUGUUAUGUUCGAAAAAAUUGAACAAAUCAACGGAUCCGAUACGGUCAGCGUGAAGCAGAUGCGUGUCCGAAAGUUCAAUCGAACGAUCUCCGUGCUGGAUGGAAUCAUGGAUCUUAAGGUUUUGGCUGACGAUAACUACGAGAUAACCAUUAAGGCAGCCUACAGCUCCAAAGGAAACAACCAGUUCAAUCAGUAUCCGAUGAAGAUUGCUCCGACUAAAAUUUGCGAGUUCGUAAAUAAUGAUUAUAGCGAGUAUUAUCCAUUCUUCGAGGAAUCUACCAACUUUCCCAAGGUGGGAGAAUGUCCGAUUGAGCCGCAAGAAUUUUACGUCAAAAAUAUGGUACUGAACUCGAACACCUUCCCUCCAUAUUUGCCGAAAGGGUUGUGGCGACUGUCCAUAAUUGUGCAGACAGUUGGCGGAGAGAAUAUUUUGUCCUGGAUACAUGUGUACUUCAAGUUGGAGGAUGCUGGUGUUUUUUGAGUGGUGAAAUUGAAAAUACUGUGCGGGAACUCCGUUAAAAGGAAGGGUACUUUUUUAGGCGGAUGUAAUUAAUUUUAAUUGUGAUGUA